CGCGAUUAGCUUUGAUAUUUGUUGACGACGCAUCCAAGUACGCAGUUGGUCGAGGAAUUUCUUCGAAUGAUUUGGCUCCGAAAGUUCUGAAGGAGAUCAUUGAGGACCUUCGAACGAAGUUGGGCGCGAAAGGCACGAACAUGACUCCAAGUGGGAAGAUCAUCGUUGCAGGUAUCAGGUCGGAUAACGAAAGCGUACUCCGUUCCACCGAGUGGCGAUCGACAGCAAGCAAACUACAACUGAACGAGCUUCACAGUAUUCCUUAUAAGCCACAAGGCAACUCCGUCGUAGAGCGGUUAGUGGGG